AGUUAAAAGAGAGAUGAUGAUUUUUUGGAACGUGAGUUUUAAAUUAGUGGACACUGGAGAGAGGUUUCAAAAUACACAUUUGGCUAUUAAAAUGUCAAUUAUUUUAGGCUUUAACGUUUGGCUGUUUGCUAAAAACUUACGCUAAAAAAUUGUGAAUUUUAUCUCAAGGUGGCAUGUCAAUUCCUCCUUAUACAUCUCCAAAAAGGCAAAAAACUUGAUGCCCCUUUCACAAGGAAAGAAUCUGAAACUGAGACUCAGUGAAAUCCCAGAAAACAUCAAAGGAGAAAAUAGCUAUGGAUUCUGAAGAAGGAACACAACAACCCCAGCUAGUUCUGGCACACAAACUAUUCCGUUUAACACAUCCAGAUGUCAAUGACUUAGACAAAGUUCGUCUCCGUGAAGAAGUAUUGGAAGCUGUACUCUCCAAUGAUAUGGUACCGUUGUAUGAAACCCUAGUUACUAAUGGGGUUUUGAGUUUGGAUCAGAAGGUUCUAGAUUCUAUGCGUGCUAAAAAUUGUGAUGAGCUCAAAAAACUCGAUGACAAGAUUGCUGAUGCAGAAGAAAACUUAGGUGAAAGUGAAGUUCGGGAAGCUCAUUUGGCAAAAUCAUUGUUCUACGUUCGGAUUGGUGACAAGGAGAAAGCACUUGAACAACUCAAGGUGACCGAGAGCAAAACUGUUGCAGUUGGGCAAAAGAUGGACUUGGUGUUCUACACCUUGCAGAUGGGAUUAUUUGACUUGGAUUUUGACCUCAUCUCUAAAAGCAUCGACAAGGCAAAGAAAUUAUUUGAAGUGGGGGGUGACUGGGAGAGAAAGAACAGGUUGAAGGUGUAUGAAGGGCUGUUCUGCAUGUCCACUCGUAACUUCAAGAAAGCAGCAGAUCUUUUCCUAGAUUCUAUAUCAACUUUUACCACAUAUGAGCUUUUUCCUUAUGAUACUUUCAUAUUUUAUACGGUGCUUACGAGCAUCAUUACCUUGGAUCGGGUUUCCUUGAAACAGAAGGUAGUGGAUGCACCAGAGAUCUUGACAGUAAUUGGAAAGAUUCCAUAUCUGUCCGAGUUUAUGAACUCAUUAUAUGAGUGUCAGUACAAGUCAUUUUUCUCCUCAUUUGCCGGCUUGACGGAGCAUAUUAAAUUGGAUCGCUACUUGCAACCACACUUCAGAUAUUAUAUGAGGGAGGUCAGAACAGUUGUGUACUCCCAGUUCCUGGAGUCCUACAAGAGUGUUACUAUUGAGGCCAUGGCCAAGGUUUUUGGGGUGUCUGAGGAUUUCAUCGACUUGGAACUAUCUCGGUUCAUUGCAGCUGGGAAGUUGCAUUGCAAGAUUGAUAAAGUAGCAGGAGUAUUGGAAACUAAUCGUCCUGAUGCAAGGAAUGCUCUUUAUCAGGCAACGAUCAAGCAAGGGGACUUCUUGUUGAACCGCAUUCAAAAGCUUUCUCGUGUCAUUGAUCUCUGAAGCCGUUAAACCAUUCAACUCUGAAAAUCUUUGGUGGCAUGUACUUUUACCUUUUCAUUUUGAGCUCUAGGAGUACCAUUUAGUAAUUUUUUGAAAUCAAGAGAUUUUCUGUGCCUGGAUUGAAGUGUUUCAAAGCAGCCAUGCACCUUAAAAGAGCCCUCCCAAGUAUCAUAAAUCUUUUCGAGUGCA